AAAUUAUAAAAUUCUCGUUUUCCACACAGAAGAAAGAUCGCAUCGCGGCUACUAUCCCAACACAAAAUCUCAUAAAUUACAAAAUUAAAAUCAAUUUAUACAAAUUAAUUCGCAUUCUGUACGCUUCAUUUUCAUAAUACAUGAUGAGCUCUCCUGCAAUUUCUGCAGGGACGGCCAAUUUAUUUAGCGGAUUCACCAGAUUAUGCAAGGGUUUAGCUGUUGUACUCGUCGCCGGUCACAUUGUUGUUCGCCUUUUUCCUCCGUCUCUAUCGUAUCUCGCUCUUAUUCCGGCCAAGACGAUUCCUUUUGGAUGGAAUCUCAUAACAGCUGGUUACAUUGAACAAUCUAUAUAUGGGGUGGUUGCCAGCAUUUUAUGUCUCCUUAUUAUGGGGAAGCUGCUUGAACCUGUUUGGGGUUCUAAGGAGUUCUUGAAGUUCAUUUUUCUAGUUAACUUUCUCACUUCUGUAUGUGUUUUCAUAACUGCUAUUGCUUUGUACUACGUAACAAGGCAGGAAAAUUACCUUUAUAUGCCUAUCUCCGGCUUCCAAGGGGUCUUGUCAGGUUUCUUGGUUGGCAUGAAGCAAAUUAUACCUGACCAAGAGCUAUCUUUAUUGAGAAUAAAGGCAAAGUGGUUUGCGUCACUUGUGAUCUUGCUCGCUAUUGUUAUAAGUUUCUUUACACCAGAGUCUGCAACAUAUCUUCCAACUAUUAUAUUUGGUACAUACAUGAGCUGGAUUUACUUGAGAUACCUACAGAAGAAACCGGAAUCAAAACUUAGGGGUGAUCCAAAUGAUGAUUUUGCAUUCUGUACUUUCUUCCCUGAAUUUCUUAGACCAGUCGUUGAUUCCAUUGCAUCAAUAUUCCAUCGGAUGCUUUGCGGAAGAUCUGAAAGUUUAUCUGAAGAUGAUGGUUAUACCGUGGGAGGUGCUCCUCUGCCUGGCUCUGACCCCAUUGAGGCAUCUAGGAGGAGAGAAAGGGGAGCUAGAGCACUAGAAGAAAGAUUGGCAUCUGAGAUAUUGUUGUCUGCAAGGAGUUCAGAAGACUCGAAGAAGGAUGCUGCUGAGAAUGUGUGACCACUCAGAAAAUGAACAUGAACCAAAAAGCAAGUGAAUCAUUGUAUUUUGAAGACAACUUACGGAUUUUGUGCAGUAUUACUCGAAGAUUAGUCUUUUUCCUUGAUUUUCAGAUAGCAGUUUUGUGAUGCAUAUUGCUCUCUACUGUUAUUAUUAUAUCAUAGUAAAAGUUGUUGCUCUAGUCGUAUAUUUCGUUCAUGUUGUACAAAUUCUUGCACGAUAGAUCAACCGGAAACCCUAAACAAGGGUUGAUGGAGAGAGCUACUUAUAAAACAUGCUUAGUUUAUUUCAA